GUUUCCCUAUUAAGUUUUAAGUCAAGGCCGUAUAUUACUCUUGUUCCACUCUCUUAAACCCCAAACAAAACCCAACACUCUGAUCGGAACCCUAAAACCAAGACAACAUCUCCGACGGCGAAAUGAGCCUAAUCGCAGGCUCAUACGAGCGCUUCAUAUGGGGCUUCAAGCUCAAGCCUCUCAUGCCCUCCCCUGACCAGAAAACCCUAACCCUAACCCCUCUUUUCUCCUACCCUUCCCACCUCUCCUCCAUCACCACCGUCGCCGCCGCCGGCCCCGCCGCUGCCUCUGGCGGCUACGACGACACCAUCCAACUCUACGACCUCUCCGCAGCCUCCUCCAUCGGUUCCCUCCACGACCACUCGGCUUCCGUAACCUCCCUCUCCUUCUUCUCCCCUCCCAAUCUCUCCGUUCCUCGAAAUCUCAUCUCCGCCGACGCCGAUGGAUCGGUCUGUAUCUACGACGCCGAUCCCUUUGUCCUCCUUAAGACCCUCCGGCCCCACAAGAAGGCCGUCAACGACCUCUCGGUGCAUCCUUCGGGGAAGCUGGCACUGACUGUGGGCCACGACGAGUGCUUGGCGAUGAUCAACUUGGUGAGGGGAAGGAGAAGCUUUUUCUGUAGGUUGGGGAGGGAGGCUAGCUUGGUGAAGUUUGAUUGCGGUGGGGAUAAGUUCUUCAUGGCUAUGGAGGAGAAGAUUUCGGUGCAUGAGGCUGAGGAUGCCAAGAUUGUUUGUGAAUUAGAGAACCGGAAACGGGUUCUUUGUGCAGCCCCAAGCGAGAAUGGUGUUUUAUAUACCGGAGGUGAGGACCGAAGCAUUACAGCAUGGGAUACAAACAGUGGGAAGGUUGCAUAUUGCAUUGAGGACGCACAUUCUGCUCGUGUAAAAGGAAUUGUUGUGCUCACUAAGAAUGCGGGGGCUGUCUCUGAUGAUGAUCCAUAUUUGGUAGGUUCUGCAUCAUCAGAUGGGGUUAUACGGGUUUGGGAUGUUCGGAUGGCUGUUAAGGAAAAACCAAAUCCAUUGGCUGAAGCUAUUACAAAAUCAAGGAUAACUUCUCUUGCUGGAUCCUCUGUUAAAUCAUCGAGACAGCCACGGGGUGGACAAGAUGGUACAGAGAGGACAUGAUGGAACAACAGAAGGAUUAUAACAUUAUUGAAAUCCCUGACCAGGGUUUAGCUACCCUUGUAAGUCUAUAUAUGGCAUUCUAGGGACUUUGCAAAGACAUUGAUGUGAAAAAGGAGAUUUGUUACUCGAAUGUUGGACGAGUUGUUCCAACAUAUCAAUUUUGUUCGUAUUAAAUUUAAAUCGUAUUAUUUGUUUA